AAUUAUUGCUAUAAAACGUGUUUUCCGAACUAAGAAUGUUCACAGAGAUGGAGAUUUGCUGAUAAGUGUUAGUUUUUUGUGCAAUCAUGAGUAUAUUGAAGGUUUUACCGUUGAUGUACUUGAUGGUGAAAGCAUCCGCACUAAGGUUGACAGGAUUUGACCCACAGCACGUAAAAGAAAAUAAUGAAAAUUGUGUGUGUCCUGCGGACUCUCCUACGAUCAUCAACAGCUUGGAUUCAGAUCAUUCAGGUGUCGAGAGACUAGUUGUAUUCGUAUACAAGAAACCAGACACGGGCGAAAUUAUCAGCUUCAUUCCCCAAAAGGAACAUCAGAGGAAAAUUCCCGAUUUCCCCGACUCAUAUGGUCACAUCCAUAAUAUUGAUCAGAAUCCGUCUAUUAAAGAAAUAUUUGAAAUCAGUCCUAGUAAAGAUAUACGGGAACAUAAAACGCAUACUGAACCUAUACCACAGCAUGACAGUAAUGAAGGUAAAGAAAACAUUAUACAUUCUGAUGAUAAAAUACCUAAAGACUUUAAUGAACAACAUUCUAACACUGACAUUAAACUCCCGACAUGGCAUGUGCCACUUGAUCGAGACGAAGUAAAACCUGAUGAAGAUGUUGAUUCAUAUCCACUGCAGAUAUCAGGAGAAAAUGACGACAAAAAUACGGACAUUAUGAACUUUGAGAUUGACAUGAAAAUCCCGAAAUGGCAAAUGCAAGUAAAUAAGAAUAAAGUUAUACCUAACGCUGACCACAAAAUACCAAAAAUUAUUAUUGAUGACAUUGGCAUAAAGAACUCAGAGCAACUGCCAAUGCAACAUGAUGAAAUCAAAGUUAAUCCUGAAGAUUUUAUUUCACACCCAAAUGACCACAUAAAUACAGAAAUGAUGAUUGAUAACAUCGGAAUGAAAAUCCCAGAGUUUCCAAUGCAACUUGAUGGAAUUAAAGUUAAACCUGGACAUUUUAUUCCAUAUCCUAAUGACCAAAGAAAUACGGGAAUUAUGAUUAAUAACAAUGGAAUAAAAAUUCCGGAGUGGCCAAUGCAACUUGAUGAAAUCAAAGUUAAACCUGGACAUUUUAUUCCAUAUCCAAAUGACCACAAAAAUACAGGAAUUAUUGAUGACAUUGGAAUAAAACUCCCAGAGUGGCAAAUGCAAUUUGAUCAGAACACAGUUAAACCUGAACAAUUUAUUCAAUAUCCUAAUGACCACAGAAAUACAGGAAUUAUGAUUAAUAACAAUGGAAUAGAAAUCCCGGAGUGGCCAAUGCAACUCGAUCAAAUCAAAGUGAAACCUGCACAUUUUAUUUCAUAUCCAAAUGACCACAACAAUGACAUAAUGAUUGAUAACAUUGGAAUGAAAAUCCCAGAGUUUCCAAUGCAACUUGAUGGAAUCAAAGUUAAUCCUGAACAUUUUAUUUCUUAUCCAAAUGACUACAAAAAUACAGGAAUUAUUGAUGACAUUGGAAUGAAACUCCCGGAGUGGCAAAUGCAAUUUGAUCAGAACACAGUUAAACCUGAACAUUUUAUUUCAUAUCCCCAGUAUAUCACAGGAGAAGAUGACCACAAAAAGCCAGAAAUUGUGGUUGACACUGACCUUAAAAUCCCAAAAUGGCAAAUCCAACUCGAUGAAAACAAUGAACCUGAACCUUUUAUUUCAUCUCCAAGUGACGACAAAAAAGCAAAAAUUAUAAUUGAUGAAACUAGCAUAAAUGUCCCGCAAUUGCCAACGGAACUUGAUAAAAAUAAAAUUAAUCCUGAAUAUAUAAUUUCACAGCUUGUACCAGGAGGAAAUGACCAAACAAAGACAGAAAUUGUGAUUGAUAAUAUUAAGCCUCCAACACAAGACGUUUUGUCAGAACUUAUACCAGUUCCUGGCGAAGAAUACCCAAAUUCUCAAGAAAAAAGCCACGCGUUUGUACAACCAUUAAUAAAUAAUGAUCUUAAUUUGGAUACACCUUCAAUAGAUUCGACCUUAAUUGAAUCUUUAAAACCUCAAAAUCUGUUUGAAGAAAGUAGCCCAGAACACACUUUACCAGGCGGAAUUGAAACGAUUUGGCAUACAGAACAAAAACCUUUAAACGAACCUAAACAAUCCAUUCAAAUCAAACCUCCUCUAACCGAGAGAUUUUGGUUUCCGGAUGAUAAAGAAGUUAAAACUCCAACGUUCCAAAGAUUGAAAGUGCCUAGAAAAGACAAAUACGGCAGAAUUAUAGGUUGGAUAUACAAGACCAUUAAAACUUAUUGGGAAGGGGGUUCACGUAUCCCUAAUAAAUGGGAGAAAUAUCGAAUAAAUAGGUACAAACCUAAGUUUGAUUACCAUUAUCAAUAUAUAGAAGAUCCAGCUUUCGACCGUUGGCUUAGAGAGCAACUUAGAAUCACAACUCUCAACGGUAACAGAAUACCUACAAGUACAGCAGAUAUCACAGCAUUGGACAGAGCAAUACGAAACGUUCUUUUGCAAAACGGUUGGAUCGUUACUGGUGAGGGAAACCUUUUAGAUGGCAGCGGUAGAACGUCAACUCUCGAUAACUUAAAGCUCAGACCAAUUUUAGUGGGAAAAACAUUUUCUUACGAUCGCUUUACGAAAAAAAACACACACGAGUAUACAGCGUCACCGAAAGUUCCCUAUUUAGAAGGAUUGUUACUCACAAUGAUACAGCCUGCAAAAAUUUUAGGUAUCGUACCUUUGUCCAUUUCGCACAAACGUCAUGUUGAGGCCAGUGUCAGUGGGCAUAGUUCCAAAGCUAAAAAUGGUUUGAGAGUUUUGCCUAUUGAAGAACUAGUGUCGUUUAGGAAAGAUUCCGAAAAGUCAAAGAAGAAAAAACCUCAGGACUCAAACAAAAACAAACCUAAAAGACCUCAGGUCCCAAGCAAAGAUAAGUCUAAAGACGCUGCAUUACUGAGGCAAGCUUGGUCAGAGAUACAGCUGCCGCAACACGCAAGCGGAUCACUAACACCCUUGCCACAAGCAAGAGGGAUAGUAAAGCACAUGGAUUAUGGGAAGUAUGGUACUCAUAGAAUUAUAGCUCCUGAUAGGCCGGAGUGGAGGAUAAUAGGAGGGAAAUCUGCAACUAGCAGCGGUACUCCAUUAGAGUGGAAGGGAAGAUCUGGUUUAUAUGGAUAAAGAAGCUAAGGCAAAUUAUCCCUAAUUGUAUUAAUAUUAAUAAGUAGAGUUAAGUAAUAGAUUACGAAAUGCUUAUUAUGCAUUUUAGGUAUUAAUUUGACGACCCUGGCUUGUAUCCGUAUUACCAAAACUAUUUUUGAAGCAUAAUAAAGGGAUCCCAGAAGCA